AUGUCCCGACCAACCUCAUUUGGCUGCCCGACAUUGUACUAUACAACAAGUGGUGUCGUUAACCCGAUUAUUAGUGCUGAGGGGAAUUACGAAAUAACCACGGCCACCAAAGCGAUUGUGUUUCAUGACGGGUUGGUGGUAUGGGAACCUCCGGCGAUAUAUAAAAGCUCAUGCCCGAUAAAUGUACAGCAUUUCCCCCUGGACCAUCAGGAAUGCUUCUUGAAGUUUGGAUCGUGGACUUAUAAUGGAGAUGAGGUGGAUCUGCAACACAUUUCCGCCGAGAACAAUGAGAUGAUCGUAAAUGGGAUAAAUUUAAACAAAUUUUAUCAGAAUAUUCAAUGGGAAGUGUUGUCAGUGCCCGCGAAACGAUACGAAAAUUAUUUUUCUUGCUGCCCUGAGCCAUACCCUUGGAUUCUGUUCAAGCUAAACUUGCGAAGGAAAACAAUGUUCUACACCAUAAAUAUGAUCAUUCCCUGUGUUUCCAUUUCCUUCCUCACUGCACUUGUAUUCUAUCUCCCGUCAGACAGCGGAGAGAAAAUAACACUCAGUGUUUCCAUACUGCUGAGUUUGACCGUGUUCAUAUUGCAAUUCACCGAAAUAAUCCCGCCCACCUCAAUUGUAGUCCCACUGAUCGGGAAAUACGUCCUUUUCACCAUGUUUUUAGUGACCCUUUCCGUCGUUAUGACAAUUGCUGUCCUGAACCUUAAUUUUCGAUCACCGAGCACACACAACAUUUCUUUAUGGGCUCGGAAAUUUUUUUUGGAGUUUUUGCCACCCUACUUGUUCAUGAAUAAACCCCACUUUGAUAGUUGUCACAAGUCACCUGUACAAAAUGACAGACUGUCUAAAAUUAUUUCCCAAGAGAGGAAGAACGACGGAAAUGAUUCAGGUCUCCAUCGAGGUUCACGAUACGUCAACUCGAUAGCCAAUUGGUUCCGUGACCGAGACGCGCAUGCACAAGUUGGGUGA